CAUAGACACUUUUAUUUUCAUGUUUGCCACCCGCAUACUUCAUUUGUUUUGUUGCGGCUACUUGAAAUAUCGGAACGUGGUUAUCCGAUUUUAAAACUUUGUGAUUGAUAAAGCAGUGUGUAUUUUCUCACUUAUCUUAUAAAAUACUAAAUAUGGAUGACGACGAAGUUAUUUUAUCUACACCUGAGGAGAUAUCGGCGAUGGCCGAAGCAGUUAAAGAAAAUUUGCUGCCUACGAAAUCCCGUCGACUAUACGAAAAGUCUUAUGAAAAAUUCAUGUCAUGGAGGUCUGAGUACAAAACAACAUCUUUUUCAGAAAAUGUGCUGUUAGCUUACUUCAACAGUUUAAUAGGAACACUAAAACCGUCGUCAAUGUGGGUGGAAUAUUCCAAGUUGAAGUCCAUGCUCAAUAUACAUCACCGAACGGAUAUCUCCCAGUAUGCUAAAUUGAUAGCUUUUUUGAAGAGGAAGUCAGAAGGCUACAAAGCAAAAAAAGCGCAUACUUUUUCACCAGAUGACUUGCAAAAGUUUAUUGACAAUGCACCGGAUUAUACAUAUCUUUUAAGUAAGGUUGCAGUAAUACUCGGGAUCAUGGGCGCUUGUAGGAGACAGGAGCUGCAUAUGUUAAAAAUUGACCACAUCCUUGAUGCUGAUAAUACACUUGUAGUAAACAUAAUGAACACAAAAAAUCGUAUAGACCGGACAUUCACGAUUACAGGAAAAUACUACAAACUAGUAAAAAAAUAUAUGAACCUUCGGCCCAAUACUUGUACAAGCCAAAAUUUUUUUGUGAGAUACAUCAGUGGAAAGUGUGUGGCGCAAAAUAUAGGAAUUAAUGCUUUUGGCCAAAUGGGGAAAACCAUGGCUGCUUACCUCAACCUUCCAAACCCGGAGCUUUAUACGGGCCAUUGCUUCCGGAGGACUUCAGCAACACUCCUAGUGGAUGCAGGUGGCAAUAUUAUGGAUUUGAAAAGACAUGGUGGAUGGAAAUCCACAGCAGUGGCAGAGGGUUAUGUUGAUAACUCAAUACAAAACAAGAAAAAAGUAUCAAAUCUGCUGAUGAAUUCAAUAGAAAAGACGCAGCCACACAACGCAACCACAACUUACAUACCUGAAACUGAGCUAGUACCUGUUAUUCCAGCACCAGAAUCCCAUCAAAAGAACAUCACCCCGACACUAUUACCAUCAGAAACAGAACCAACUCAAACUCCAUUGUUAUCUCAAAUACAGCAAGAUUCUGAUAUCCCUAUUAACACAGCCGCAUCAAGAAAUGGGAACAUCACUCCAACACCGUUACCAUCAGAUACAGAAACAGCUCAAACUCCAUCGUUAUCUCAAAUCAUUCAACAAAAUUCUGAUAUCCGUAUUAACACUGCCGCAUCAAGAAAUGGUCAAACUAUAACAAUUUCACAUAAUACCAUACACAAUUUGCAUUUGCACUUCCAUAAGUGAAAUAUGUACCUAUUUUUUAAUUUUUAAGUAAUAAAACCAUUUUUCUUUGUUUUAGGAAGAUUGAAAUAAUCCUAAGUGUCUGUGUAAUUUUGCACUUAAGUUGUGAUAUCUUUUGUUCU